AUGACAACUGAUCCGACCGACCUUCAGCACAUUGUCAAGCCUUGGCAGCCAAACCCUCAACGGACGUAUAUCUUUACGUCUGCCAACUUGAUUGACCCUGUCACUGGUACAAUAGCGAAAAACACCACAGUCAAACUCUCCCAUGGAUUUGUAUCAUCGGUCAGAACCUCCGAAGAAGGGGUUGCCGACAAGGUCGAUCCUGAAGCAGUGCAGGUCGACAUGAGAGGCAAGUAUAUCUGCCCGGGCUUGAUUGAUUCCCAUGUCCACAUAGCUGCAGUUCCUGGGUCUUUGAGCCUUCGAGAAAUGAAAGAGAUGAGUAACCACCAGAGCAUUCUGCGGCAACCGAGCGUUUGCAAGUCCAUGCUGGCCCGUGGGUUUACGACGGUCCGAGAUUGUGGAGGAGCGUCUCUUGCCCUGAAAGAAUCACUCCAGGAGGGCAUCAUAUGCGGGCCAAGAUUGUUCAUUGCUGGACAUGCCCUCUCCCAAACAGGAGGUCAUGGAGAUCGUCGCCAACAGCAUGAUCCAAAUGAGUGCUGCGCGGGACAUGUGAAUGGGAUUGGUCGUAUCGUGGAUGGAGUGGAUCAGUGCCUGAAGUAUGCUCGCGAGGAGUUGCGACAGGGCUCGGACUUCAUCAAAAUCAUGGGUGGCGGUGGGGUUGCUAGCCCUACAGAUCAGAUCCAACACCUUCAAUUCUCCGAUGAGGAAAUCAGGGCGAUCGUCACAGUGGCCAACAAUGCGGGGACAUACGUUACCUCCCACGCGUAUACGCCGCAAGCGAUCCAGCAGGCUGUCAAACAAGGGGUCAAGGGGAUUGAACAUGGCAAUCUGAUUGACGAAAACACAGCGGAAAUGAUGAAGCAAAAUGGCGUCUUUCUCACGCCCACUUUAGUGACAUACGCGACGAUGGCCGCUCCACAGUUCAGCGGGUUCCUCCCCGCUAUUUCUGAAAAGAAAAAUCGCGAAGUCUUGGACCAAGGCCUGCGCGCCCUGGAACUAGCCAACAAGAUUGGGGUAGAUAUCUGCUUUGGUACAGAUCUCUUAGGUCCCUUGCAUUAUGCCCAAAGUAAAGAAUUUGCCAUUCGAGGUAGUAUCCAAACACCUGCGGAGAUCCUUCGAAGUGCUACCACGACUCCUGCGCGGAUGCUGAGACAGGAUAACUUCCUCGGAAAAAUUGCCCCAGGGUUUGCCGCCGACAUGCUCGUCUUGAACGCCAACCCCUUGGAUGAUAUCACCAUUUUUGAUCGACCGGACCAACACUUGCUAGCAACCAUCAAAGAGGGCCGUGUUUUGAGUUCGCGUUGGAGUCUCUUAGAUGCCGAGGCAAGCCACCUGCCCAAAAUCGAGUGA